AUGAAUGAAUCGAAAGAAUCGCCUCCCGGCGUUGUUUGUCUCCCUACCCCUGCAUUUUUCAUCGCAAUUAUCCCGCGCCACUCGUCGUUCCAGCGCUGGGUCCAAAACCCGAACACCAAGGAAAAACCAUACAUCUGUUUCUGUGGGGCGGCAUUUACCCGACGGGAUCUGUUAAAACGACACUCUCGCAUCACCCAUGAGAAUAAUGGCCUAGUCUCUCCAAACUCCCAGCCUGAACGAGAGGCUCUUGAACAUGCUACCUCUGCCGCUGCCGCUGCCGCAUCCUCCGCCGCUACCACCACCGUUGCUACUGCAGUGCGUCGUACGUCGGACCUGUCGACCACGCAGCAACAAUACAAUGUGCAACCACCCGCCCCGCGAUCCGAGAUGCCUGUUCCCGUCCACUCGGCGAUGGAACAGUGGUCCGGAUCACAGCAUGGAGCAUACAUGGAGCAUAAUCAGGGCAUGUUGAAUACCGGUAGCAACAGUGCCGGUCUAAAUCCACCGGCCCCUGCUGUGACUCACGAUGCCGAUAUACUCCAGGCGGCGCAGCUCCUGCUUCCCGGAAACUUUCGGGAUGCUCAUCCCCCCGCUCAACCGUUGCCGUACCUACCGGAGGAACUGAAUCACUUCCAAGAUUUCACGCAUUUCCUGGACUCGAUCGGUUUGCCUUCAGAAUGGGUCCCCGCUCUAGGUGACGUUCCUCACGUUCAAAGUGCCAUUCCCACGGAAGUGCCCGAGCCCGGUAGGAAUGCUAGAGAGCAACAUACUGCGUCUCGACGUGGCCAGAGAGAAGGAUCCGGCGGGGACUCUCCAUUCCGCUCCUGGUUGCCGUCCGUUCCUCCCGGGGACCAGAGCCUGGGAACAGUCUCCGAUGAUUACGAACCCCCUCAGAUCUCUACGAAGACCUCGCCACUGAAGGUCAGUGAAGAUCAGAGGCUGCGCCUUGCCGCUUCUUUAGAGGAGUUUCGACAUCUUAUCCCAGACUUCAUUCUGCCUUCGCGACAUACGUUGACGAGGUAUUUGACGUCGUUCUUCGACGGAUUCCACUCACAUCUUCCUUUUAUUCACGUUCCAACUUUUCGGAUCAACGAACGUGACCCAGAGUUUGUUCUGGCUCUUAUGAGUGUGGGUGCACAGUAUCGAUUUGAGCAUCGCAAUGCACGGAGACUCUUCUAUACCGGAAAGGCGAUCGCGCUCCAUAGGAUUUCACGAGAGUCCCAUCAGCUGCCGGCAGGAGCAUACAAUACCGUUAUCCAAAUACCAUUGGAUAGCAUACGUGAAUCGUCUCAGCAACCUGGCCUGGCCACAGCACUCCCUCCUGAGGAGAACGCUAUCGGGAUGAGUGCGUGGAAGCAGAUCGAGAAUAUUCGAACCUUGCUCGUCUUGAUGGGAUACUCUACAUGGGAAGGAGCAGAGCUGGUCCAGGAGGCCUUUGGUCUCCAAAAUCUGCUGGUGCGAUGUCUUCGCGAAUUUGGUCUGACGGAAAAUAUUAGGGUGGCAUCAAGGCAUUCCCAUUUACAUUGGCAUGAAUGGGCUGAAGAAGAGUCCAUCAGACGCACUCGCUUCAUUGCCUUCUGCUUUGUCCACGUUCACAGCAUCGCGUAUAAUAUUUACCCGGUGCUGCGCAGCAGCGAAGUACAUCUGCGUUUGCCGUGCUCGACAAACGAGUGGAAUUCAGCCACAGCCCAGGACUGGGAGACGGCUCAAAAAGAAGUUGGCGCGCAGCAGUUGUUCUUUCAGGAUGCAUUGGCCCUUCUCCUACAGCAGUCGCGGACCACAGUCUUGUUGGACCCGAUCCCGGCCCCUUUGGGCAAUUAUAUUCUGCUUCAUGGCCUUCUCCAACGUAUUCAUCUGGUGAGCGAGCUCUCUUUACCAACGGGGGACCAGAUGAUUUCAAAGCCUACAGAGGAGUUGAAUAAACUUGAACGAGCACUACGGUCGUGGACCUCAGUUUGGCAACAAGCCCCUGAAUCAAGCCUUGAUCCCCAUAACGAGAAUGGGCCGAUUCCUUUUACCUCCAGCUCGCUUCUUGGCCUGGCAUAUGUUCGGCUCUCCCUGAAUUUGGGGCCUUAUCGCCAACUUGAAACGCGUGAUCCGUAUCGCAUUGCAGCCGCCCUGCAUCGAUCUCCACGACCUGGUCGAAGCUAUCGAUUAACACCUGCGCUCAUAUACUCCGCGCAUGCACUAAGCAUUCCUGUGCGGCUUGGGAUCGAUCACGUCGCCCGUAGCCAAGCCUUCUUUUGGAGUGUUCGUCACUCGAUUGCGAGCCUCGAAUGCGCUGUGCUCCUCAGCAAAUGGCUGCUCUCGCUGACUGAGGCAGGCAGCGACCAAAGUUUGAGCGACAAUGAAAGCCGUAUUUUAUAUUGGACCAAAUGCAUCGUGGAGGAAGCAUAUGCCUCUAUGGAUUUGGAAGAGGGCGAAACUCUACCAGGGCCGGACCCCACCAGCCUUGGGUUUGCAGUCAUUAAACUCUGGGCCCGUCUCUUCCGCAAGAACACCCAGUGGCCAUUUAUCAAUAUACUUGGGGAAAGUCUAGAAAAAUAUCUGGCCUUGAUCCAGCCAGGAUGA